UACAGAUCUGCCACACCAUACCAUGGUUUCAUGAUCAUGAACAGACUGAGCCUUCACAACUUGACUGAACCAAUCACUAAGGAUUUGGACUACACUCUCCAAGAACCAUUCUUGCUCUACAAGACUGCAAAAGCAAUCUGUGGGAUCUGGUUUUAUAACAGGAAAGACUGUAUCAGAUUUGCAGAACUGAUUCAAAGAUUACUGGUCAAAAUUAGACAGGAAGGGUCACAGCCAGUCGCAGCAAGUAUGCCCGCACCUACAGAUAUCCUAUCAAUGCUCAGUAAAGCACAGCAUGAAUAUAAGCAAGGUACAAAGAAGAAGAGGAGUGCUUCAGAGAGCGGUCCUUCUCCCAUAGGACCUGGUGGUGAUGCUGGUGGUGGUGGUGCAGGAGUCAUAAGACCAAUCCCUGUCAAAGUUUCACCAGGUCAUGUGUCAAAAACAGAUGAUCAGAUAACAGCACGAGGAGGAGCCAAGCCCAAGAGCAGUCCGAUGGGUCCAAGGUUUCAGAGAUCAGUUAGUAUGCAGGAUACCAGGAGUAAGACGACUACGACAUCUAGCAUAACUACCACUGCAGGUCAGGGUGAUGGUAGCAAGGUGAUUCCUGUUCUUCAGAGGCUGAUGUCACAAGGAGCUGAAGAAAGACCAGUCAUCUCAGAGAAAGUGCAGGUCCACACAUUAGAGAGUCUAGAGAAGAUGCACACAACAAAAACAACAGAGGGCGCUACUGUAGCUUCUGCAGGCAAGAAACCAGAGGUGCAAAGCCUGGAGAGCAUAGAGAGCUUACAUAUACCUGGUGGAGGAGUCAGUGAUAAGAGACCAUCGGCCGCGGCUGCUGGUACAGCCGGGGCUCCCUCUAAUGCAGAAUCAUCACAGCACCUCCAAAGACUUCUCCAGCGCCUUCAGAGUGGUGGAGCGGACACCGCUUCAGGACAGGGCCUGUUAGGUGCUGCACCGUCAAGCACCGCGAUUGAACCUUCACAGGAGAGAGAGACACCGGAGAAGCUACCCUCACCAUCCUCACAACAAACUGAUAUGAACCAAGCAUUGUUAGAUAAGCUGAAGUGUGGGGCGCCGCCGGUGAACCUUUUGAAACCGUCUGGUGCCACUCUGACACCUAACCUCUUGGUGUCACAGUCACCGGGUGGUACCGCAGACCCUGGUAGAGCACCACCUGCUAUGAAACAGCUUUUCCCUGCUCCGAUGGAAACAAGAAAGACUCCAUCUCCUCCUACGACAAUACUUGGUAUACCUUCCAACCUCCUUACACCGGAACUCCUUAGAACGCGCUCCACCAGCGAGUCAUCCUCCACGCUACUCUCACCCCUGAAACUCAGUGGUUCAGUCCAGACUGGCCAGGGUCAGGCUGUAGGGAAGAGGCCUGAUCCAUUGCUGCAGAGGGGUGCACCUUCUUUACUCACCAAGGAGCAGUUGGCCGCCACACUAACUCAUCUCCUGAAUACCGAUGAUGAUUUCUUGAGCAAGAUCCACUCUGCAUACACCCACUCUCUUCAGCGUCAUCCCCCCUAAGACGGACAACCUUGCUGUUAAUUGCACCUUGUGUGAAUGCAUCCUGUAAUGAACACUCGCUCUCUUCAGCGUCAUCCCCCUUAAGACGACCUCGGUUGGGUCAAGAAGACGUGUUCACACUCCCUUCAUGUCCUACAAACUGCCCAUUGAAUCCUAUGGAUGAUAAACGUUCAUUGCAGUUUGUGUGGAUGCGUCAUGUAAUGAACAAUCGCUGUGUUGUGCAGGAAGCGAGGUACUUAAUGACCUAAAUGUCUUAUGAAUAAUGCAUUGCAUAAACAACAACACCUAACCUUUACAUCCAUUCCUUACAGACUUUGUUGCUGUUACUGAAAUCUAGCCAUGAAUAAAACUGUUCUGGAAACUUGUGAAAAUCAGUGCAAAAAGAUAGAAAGAAGGAGAUGACCGUAAAAAACUUUUUUUUUUAAACUCGGCAUAAAGUAAAGUCCCUUCAAUCUCCUGCAAAGUUUGAAGGAAAUAUUGUUUAAUUAUCUCAUUAAUGCAACAUUUCAUUUGUAAAGAGCAUUUGCUGGAUUGUAUUUCUUACCAAACUAUAAACAGUUAUUAUCAAGCAAUAUAAAGAAUGAAAAGGAUUUUAAUAGUUUACAACAAAUUAUCAUGUACAAUGGGACAUAAGUUUAAUCUUUUUCCCUUCUCAUGUGGAUUAAUCUGUAUAAUUUUGACAAGAUGACACAAAGUUCUUAUGGUAGAACUAUAGAGUAUUACGGGGAGUCCAAAUAAGGAGGGAAUAGUGCAGUACCUGUAAUCAUAGCAUUUUCUAACAUAAUCAAAUUAAAAAUAAAAAUGAUUUGAAAUGCAAGUUUUUAACCGUUAAGAUGAUUGUUUUUUUUAAUAUUAACCUACCCUUUCAAUUCAUAGAUGUGUUUAUUUUGCUUCUCUCUAUGUUUAGCCAUUGGCUACUGAAUUCUCUAAUUCACAUAGGCUUAAUACAAAGACAACCCAAUUCCAGUAGGCAGUAGGUUCAUUUAAAGGUACUAUGUCCCAUUUGCAGGCCUGAACAAUGUUUUAUGCU